ACAACCAAACACCAAAAAAGCACCAAAAAACACCAAAAUAGAAAUAAAUGUGGAUAAGUUACAGGGUGUGGCGUCAGACGGUGCUCGAGGCGGAGGUCCAACGCCCAGCUGGUGUUGCUGGGUCAACGCGUACACACACACACGCACACGCCAGUACGCGCACACAGCCAUGCAGACCAUAAAGUGUGUGGUGGUGGGUGAUGGCGCGGUUGGAAAAACGUGUCUCCUCAUUUCAUACACCACCAAUAAAUUCCCCUCAGAAUAUGUCCCUACGGUGUUUGACAACUAUGCCGUGACAGUCAUGAUUGGCGGGGAGCCUUACACACUGGGCCUCUUCGAUACUGCAGGUCAGGAGGAUUACGACCGGCUGCGACCGCUGAGUUACCCGCAAACGGACGUUUUUUUGGUCUGUUUUUCUGUCGUGUCGCCGUCGUCCUUCGAAAACGUCAAAGAGAAGUGGGUGCCAGAAAUCACUCACCACUGCCAGAAGACCCCCUUCCUGCUGGUGGGGACGCACACACACACAUACACAAAAACACACACCAUUUCACCAUUUAAAUUAACAAAAACCUCAUUAAAACACCAAAUAUCCUUUCAGUGGGUGCCGGAAAUCACUCACCACUGCCAGAACUAAUAGAAAAACACCCAUUUGACCAUUUAAAUGAACAAAAACACCCAUUUCACCACUUAAACUACCCAAAAACACCCAUUUCACCCCACAAACCAACAAAAAACACCAUUAAAACACCGAAUAUCCUUUCAGUGGGUGCCGGAAAUCACUCACCACUGCCAGAAGACCCCCUUCCUGCUGGUGGGGACACACACAAACACAUACACAAAAACACACCAUUUCACCAUUAAAACUACCAAAAAACAACCAUUUCACCAUUUAAAUUAACAAAAACCUCAUUAAAACACCAAAUAUCCUUUCAGUGGGUGCCAGAAAUCACUCACCACUGCCAGAACUAAUAGAAAAACACCCAUUUCACCAUUUAAAUUAACAAAAACACCCAUUUCACCCCACAAACCACCAAAAAACACCAUUAAAACACCAAAUAUCCUUUCAGUGGGUGCCGGAAAUCACUCACCACUGCCAGAAGACCCCCUUCCUGCUGGUGGGGACACACAUACACACAUACACAAAAACACACCAUUUCACCAUUUAAAUUAACAAAAACACCUAUUUAACCCCACAAACCACCCAAAAACAUCAUUAAAAUGCCCACUAUUCUUUCAGUGGGUGCCGGAAAUCACUCACCACUGCCAGAACUAAUAGAAAAACAUCCAUUUCACCAUUUAAAUGAACUAAAACACCAAUUUCACCCCACAAACCACCAAAACACACCACUAAAACUCCAAUAUCCUUUCAGUGGGUGCCUGAAAUUACUCACCACUGCCAGAACUAAUAGAAAAACACCCAUUUCACCAUUUAAAUUAACAAAAACACCCAUUUCACCCCACAAACCACACAAAAACCUCAUUAAAACGUCCAAUAUCCUUUCAGUGGGUGCCGGAAAUCACUCACCACUGCCAGAACUAAUAGAAAAACACCCAUUUCACCAUUUAAAUGAACAAAAACACCCAUUUCACCACUUAAACUACCAAAAAACACCCAUUUCACCCCACAAACCAACAAAAAAACCUCAUUAAAACACCAAAUAUCCUUUCAGUGGGUGCCAGAAAUCACUCACCACUGCCAGAAGACCCCCUUCCUGCUGGUGGGGACACACACACACACAUACACAAAAACACACCAUUUCACAAUUAAAAUUAACAAAAACACCAUUAAAACACCAAAUAUCCUUUCAGUGGGUGCCGGAAAUCACUCACCACUGCCAGAACUAAUAGAAAAACACCCAUUUCACCAUUUAAACUACCCCAAAACACCCAUUUCACCACUUAAACUACCCAAAAACACCCAUUUCACCCCACAAACCAACAAAAAAACCUCAUUAAAACACCAAAUAUCCUUUCAGUGGGUGCUGGAAAUCACUCACCACUGCCAGAAGACCCCCUUCCUGCUGGUGGGGACACACACACACACACAUACACAAAAACACACACCAUUUCACCACUUAAAUUAACAAAAACACCAUUAAAAUGCCAAAUAUCCUUUCAGUGGGUGCCAGAAAUCACUUACCACUGCCAGAAGACCCCCUUCCUGCUGGUGGGGACGCACACACACACAUACACAAAAAUACACACCAUUUCACCAUUUAAAUGAACAAAAACACCCAUUUCACCCCACAAACCACCAAAAAAAACUCAUUAAAACACCAAAUAUCCUUUCAGUGGGUGCCAGAAAUACUCACCACUACCAGAACUAAUAGAAAAACACCCAUUUCACCAUUUAAAUGAACAAAAACACCCAUUUCACCCACAAACCACCAAAAAACCUCAUUAAAACACCAAAUAUCCUUUCAGUGGGUGCCGGAAAUCACUCACCACUGCCAGAAGACCCCCUUCCUGCUGGUGGGGACACACACACACACAUACACAAAAACACACCAUUUCAUCAUUUAAAUUAACAAAAGCCUCAUUAAAACGUUCAAUAUCCUUUCAGUGGGUGCCGGAAAUCACUCACCACUGCCAGAACUAAUAGAAAAACACCCAUUUCACCAUUUAAAUGAACAAAAACAGCCAUUUCACCAUUUAAACUACCCAAAAAACACCCAUUUCACCCCACAAACCAACGAAAAACCUCAUUAAAACACCAAAUAUCCUUUCAGUGGGUGCCAGAAAUCACUCACCACUGCCAGAAGACCCCCUUCCUGCUGGUGGGGACACACACACACACAUACACAAAAACACACCAUUUCACAAUUAAAAUUAACAAAAACACCAUUAAAACACCAAAUAUCCUUUCAGUGGGUGCCGGAAAUCACUCACCACUGCCAGAACUAAUAGAAAAACACCCAUUUCACCAUUUAAAUGAACAAAAACACCCAUUUCACCCCACAAACCAACGAAAAACCUCAUUAAAACACCAAAUAUCCUUUCAGUGGGUGCCGGAAAUCACUCACCACUGCCAGAAGACCCCCUUCCUGCUGGUGGGGACACACACACAUACACAAAAACACACACCAUUUCACCAUUUAAAUUAACAAAAACCUCAUUAAAACACCAAAUAUCCUUUCAGUGGGUGCCGGAAAUCACUCACCACUGCCAGAACUAAUAGAAAAACACCCAUUUCACCAUUUAAAUGAACAAAAACACCCAUUUCACCACUUAAACUACCCAAAAAACACUCAUUUCACCCCACAAACCAACGAAAAACCUCAUUAAAACACCAAAUAUCCUUUCAGUGGGUGCCGGAAAUCACUCACCACUGCCAGAAGACCCCCUUCCUGCUGGUGGGGACACACACACACACACA